AUGGCUUCCCACAAAUCACGGCGACAGAAUAAUCACCACUACUCCAAUAAUCACACCGACUAUGAAUCCGAUACGGUCUACGUCUCCGACAUGCAGAAUCAAUUACCACCGCUUCGCUCUAACGAGGAGCUGAACCUCUUGGUUCUGCAGCGUCAUAACCCUUCUAUCGCCUCGAUCCUCUCUCUGGCCCCUUACUCAGUCGUCUAUAUCUUUAGUCCCACCACGCGGGGGUGGGAAAAGAUGAAAGUAGAGGGCACUAUGUUCGUCUGCCAGCUGACCCCGGGUAGCCUGGGUGAAGAUCGAUACUCCGUAUUUGUGUUGAACCGAUCAGGCCUUCAGAAUUUUGAACUUCCUCUUACAGAAAGUGAGAAUGUCGAAUUGACAGAGACCUACGUGAUCCUUAAAGCGGACGAAGCCACCGAAGGCGAGAGGGGUACCAACGGAAUCGCAGGCGGCGGCCAGAACGGUAACUCCACGGACGUGCGCAUUUACGGUAUUUGGAUAUACCAAGAACCUCCGCCUAAUUCGACUGCCGAUGCUCGCACUAUAAACGCCGACCUGAUUCGCCAGUGCGCCGCCCACGCUGGACAGAGCUUGAAGAUGGCGCGCCAGCGUCUCGAGGAGACGCGUCAAAAUGGCAUGCACGUUGCUGCCGCGGCAGCAGAGAUGCAAAAACCACCUGUGGAAGAAGCACAAGCCAGCACGGCCAUGGGCCGUCAGAUGUCCCUGAAGGACUUAUUCGGGCAGCAGCGAGCAGAGGACGAUGGAUGGAGCGUCCGCGCACACCAUGUCAGUCCUGAGCAACAUCAGCAACAACUGUAUCAGAACAUGAACCCUUUGGUACAUCCUCAACAUAACCAGCAGCCACCUGCGCAGCCACAAGGUCAGGCGGAUGUCCUGGGCGAUUUGUUUCGAAGAGCCGGGAUCGCAUACCAGGGAGGACAGGGGAAUCGAGUGUGA